AAAGCCAGACCCCACAAUCAUCAACAUUCCCAAUCUUGUUUCUCUAAUGUUCUUUCACUCUUUUUUCUCUUCAUUCUUUUGCCUUUUCUGAAAAUACAAAUGCAACACUUUUGCAUUCUAUUCUAUUGUAUACAAGAUUUCCCUCCACAAAAUUUUUCAUUUACUCCCAACUUAUGCAUUGCCAAUUUUGAGAUGCGUGACAUUUUAAAAACAGUAAUGAGCCGUGAACAGUACCACUAUUAUUACACAAACUGGUUCGACUCUAUUAACUCCAACCCGCACCCAAACACCGUACCCAACCAAAUCCGUAAAUCCAUCACGUCAUCAUCGAACCCCUACCUCCUCAACACGUGUUCACAAUCAAAUUCUCCACGUCAUCAUCGAACGCUGCGGUACAAUCACCUCAAAAGUCGUCUCUUCCUUUUCGUUGUUUACGCUCACCACACACACGUAUCCCCUCCUCUCCAAGCGGCCCUAUUAGGGAAACGGGAAUAGAUAGGGCGGUGAGCUAACCCUAUCCUUGGCCUACAUUUCCUAAACUUAUACUAAUAAUUUGUAUUAUUUUAUUAUUUUAUUUUUAGAAGAUAUUUUUUUAAAAAAAAAAAAGAGAAAAAAUAUAUAAUAAUGGCAUCAUCAUCUCCACCCAUUUCCUCUCCACUGCUUCUCUAUCUCUCACUUAGUAAGCAGUGGAGUGGAGUGGAGCAAUGGGCUCUUCUCCACGUUAUCAUCUUAUUUCCCAUUAUACCCCCACUAAUCUCCUCAUUUUACUCAUCCUACCCUUCGUCACCGCCGCCAUUAACGUCACCUCCAUCCUCCAAGCUCACCCGGAUCUCUCCGACUUUGCGCGCCUGCUUGUCACCACCGGCGUCGCCAGUGAGCUCUCCGGCCGCUCCUCGCUCACUCUUCUUGUCGUUCCCAACUCCUACCUCGCCCGUUCCUCCGAACUAGGCCGCUCCGCCGGCGACACCGCUGAUGUGCUACGCUACCACGUCCUUCUCGAGUACCUCUCUUGGUCGGAGCUUCGCCGGAUCCCCGCCUCGGGGAAGCUCGUCACCACACUGUACCAGACCACUGGCCGCGCCGCCUCUAACCUUGGCUCCGUCAACCUAACUCGCUCUCCGUCUGGCGUUCUCAUCGCCCGAUCCCCCGCAGGAAAUGCUACGGUUCUCUCCCCUAUCGCCACCAUCCCUUACAACGCCUCCGUCCUCGCCGUUGACGCCCUCCUUAUCCCCUCCGGUUUCGACCUGGCUGCCUCCGAGGCCCGCCCCGCUCCCGCCGUCAAUAUCAGCCGCGUCCUCGCCGACGGCCACGAUUUCAACGUUGCCGCCUCGAUGCUCGCUGCUUCGGGCGUCGCAGCCGAGUUCGAGGCCGAUGAACGCGGCGCCGGGAUCACCGUCUUCGUCCCGACCGAUGAGGCCUUCGCCGAGCUCCCAGCGACGGAGAGACUCCAGUCCCUGCCGGCAGAUCGCAAGGCAGUGGUUCUCCGCUUCCAUGUCCUCCAUUCCUACUACCCUCUCGGUUCCCUUGAAUCGAUUGUGAACCCCGUCCAACCGACGCUUGCGACGGAGGACACAGGCGCCGGCCGCUUCACGCUCAACAUCUCUCGGGUCAACGGAUCCGUCGCUAUCGACACCGGCGUCAUCCAAGCAUCCAUCACCCGCACCGUCUUCGAUCAAAACCCAGUAGCGGUGUUCGCCGUCUCUCGCGUGCUUCUCCCUCGCGAGAUCUUUGCCAAAGGGGCUCAUGCCUCUCCGCUCGCCCCACCGCCGCUUGAUCCGGUAGCCCUAUCCCCAGAGAAUGACACUCCACCGACAAGGCUUUCCUCCCCGCCAGGGUUGAGAACCGAGAUCAAAUCCGGAUCGGCGGCGCGAUCCAUCGCGACCGCCGCCGUGAAGGCUUGUUGUAUAGCGAUGCUGUAUCUACUUGUUCUGCGAUGAAUUAGGGAUCGGGGAAUCAGAUUCGGAGAAGAAGACGACGAUAAUAACCAUUAUGCCAUCAGUCCCUCCACCGCAAUUGAAGCCAAAACCUCGGGCUAUUCCUGUCUUUUUCUUUUCAUGUACUAAUCUCGAGGCAGGAUGGACGGUGGAUCUUGAUUAAACAGGCUGUCAAAAAUUGGUGGCUUUGUCCCCGCUCGGGCUCUUGAGAUUCUUCCGCCUUUCCGAUAACGUCGUGUAGUGUAUUCGUGGUGGGGCUGGCCUUCGCUGGACGCCGCGUGUCGUCUUGCUGAGCCUUAAUCCCACUUGUAACAACCCCAUCUUACAAUUCACUCUACAGCUAAUCCUUCUUAUUAUAUAUCAUACAUAUAUAAUAUAUAUAUAUAUAGAUAGAUGUUGAAGUUAAAUGUAAAUUUGAAUUAUAGAGAAUCAGGUCAGGUAGUAGAGUAGAGAAAACUUAUUUUUGUUUGUAAGUGUGUUAGAACUUAGAGAGAUAUUUGAUGGUCAUGGAGAUGCUGUUCCCCACUACCCACUUGAGUCAUGGUCAGAAGCCAAAGAGGUCCAAUUGAUGGAUGUGGACGGUGGUGGAAGUGUGUGGCUAGUGGAUAUGGAUUUUGUUUUUUGAUGGUGUGAUUUUUUCAUAGUGUGUGUGCAUGCAGAGAUGGUUUUGAUGUGUGUCCACCCAAUUUGGCAAUUAAUGAAUUUCCCACAAAUUCAACCCUGUUGAUCAA